CUUGAGUUAGAAAUAAUAGACAAACAAAUAUUUGGCAAAAAUGAAGAUUCUUAUGUUAGGUAUUUGUCUAUUUAUAAUCGGGUGCACACAAACAGCACCCGUACCCGAUGAUCAGUACCAGAUUGGCACCGGAAUCGCUGAUAUUACAGGACCGGCAGCUGAGAUCAAUAUGAUGGGUUACGCAACGUUGGGUCAGGACACCAGUGGUAUUCACUUAAGACUGUUCAGUAGGGCUGUCAUAAUAGUGGACAACACAGGCAAUAGGAUUCUGUAUAUCACUGCAGAUCUUCAGGGAAUCGCACAGAUAAUUAAAAUGGAAAUAGUGAAAGCACUGGAAGCCAAAUAUAAGGAUCUCUAUCAUCACGAGAAUGUGUUAAUUAGCGCAACGCAUACCCAUUCAGGACCGGGAGGUUUCUUCCAGUAUUUACUGUACAUAUUCACGGCCGAGGGUUUCAUUAAAGAUAGUUAUCAGGAUAUAGUCGAUGGUAUCAUGAGAAGUAUAGACAUGGCUCACAAUAAUCUCAAACCUGGAUAUAUCUACUGGAAUGAGGGAGAGUUGACUGACUCGAGUGUCAAUAGAAGUCCCGCCGCUUAUGAUAACAAUCCCAAAGAGGAAAAGGAUAAAUACAAAUAUAAUACCGAUAAGAUAAUGAAUUCAAUGAAAUUCACUGACUUGAAUGGUGAGCCACUAGCCCUGGUCAAUUGGCACGCUGUCCAUUGUGUGUCUAUGAAUAACUCAAACACUUUGAUUAGUAGC